AAGUUUAAAGGAGGAGUAAGAAGAGCAUCCAUAUAAAUAAAAGCCGCUCCUUUGUUCUCUUUGUUUUUUUCAAACAAACUCUAAAACCCUAAAUUUCAUCAUCUCAAAGCAGCCACACACAUCUUCAUCUUUGACUAGCUAUGGAGUUUUGGGGAAUUGAGGCUAAGCCAGGGAUGCCUCUUAUGGUGGAACCAGAAGAUGGUUACUUAAUCCAUGUCUCUCAGGUUACUAUUGGUGACUUGAAUAAGUUGAAAGGAGAUGAGAAUGUUCCAAUUUAUGUGAAGCAUGGUGAGGAUAAGAAUAAGAUUGUUAUCGGAAAUCUCUCAAAGAAGUUUCCUCAAGUUUCUCUUGAUAUCUUCUUUGAUCAAGAGUUUGAGAUUUCUCACAGCUCUGUAAGCAGUGUCUUUCUUAUUGGUUACAAGUCCCCUGGUGACGACGAACAGGAUGAGGAGAUUGAUUCUGAUUCUGAGUUAGAGGAGUACAUGGAACAACAAUGUGGUGCUUUGCCUCCAAAUGAAAUGAAUAAUGAGAUCAAGCCUGAAGAGGAUGAAUCUGACUCAGGCGAAGAAGAUGAUGAAUCCGGCUCAGAUGAGAUGGGUUCUGAUGAGGAUGAGGAUGAGUCUGAUGAAGAAGACGUAGAGGAUGAAUCACCUUUAAAGGUUGAGCCUCCGAGUAAGAAGAUUCCAAAUGGUAAAGCAACGAACAACACAGUUGCAUCAAAGAAGGCUAAAGCUGCGUUUCAGAACAAGUCAUCAGGAGGGAAGAAGAAGUGCCCAUUCCCAUGUGGUUUUUCCUGCAAAAACUAGAGACUCUGCCAAAGUCACAUUUUUUCAUACAAGUUUUUGCUUUUUGAUACAAAAUUUUGAUAGUUAUUACCCCUAUUGGUUAAUGGUUGAGUUACUUGUGAGGCUUUUGGGCUCUUGAAAAUUUUGGAUUAUUCUAAUAUGUUGUUAUGUUGUCUUUUGGGGUGUUAGUUAAAUGGUUUCAAUGGU